AUGGCACAGGGAAAAGGGCACAAGCUUAAGGCCAGACACACCCGGCUCCCGUUCUGUAUGGGCCACUUCCAAGCUGGUAAUCUGGGUUAUGGGCGGGCUCCGGGGACGCGGCGGCUGCACCGGGACGCGCGGGCCCCGGACUCAUCCGCCGCGCACCUCCGGGAGCCGGGAGCCAGGAGCCGCGGAGAAUCCGGACCGCCCCGGGCGGCCGCGGACGACUGGAUGCGGCCCCGCUCGGGUCGGAAGCGCCCUGCAGGUAUGAAGCGGCCACUGAGCCCAUCUCCCGCUGGUGAGAAGGAGUCCCCCGUAUCUGAAGCUGCUGAGUGCCCGCCUCGGCCCCCAGAAGCACCUAAGCCCAAGCGGGAAAGAAAACGGCCCUCGUAUACCCUCUGUGACGUGUGUAACAUCCAGCUGAACUCAGCGGCCCAGGCCCAGGUGCACUGUGGGGGGCGGGCCCACCAGCGGCGCCUGCGGCAGCUCAGCCUGGAAAAGACACCCCCGGGGCCAGCAGGCCCGGCCUCCGGAGCCCCCAGCCCGCUGCUGGCCUCCCUGGCCCUGCCCGCCAGGCCUCUGCAGCCCCCGCUGGACUUCAAGCACUUGCUCACCUUCCACUUCAAUGGCGCCACCCCGCUCAGUCUCUUCCCCAACUUCAGCACGAUGGACCCAGUCCAGAAAGCUGUCAUCAGCCACACAUUUGGGGUCCCCUCUCCCCUGAAGAAGAAGCUCUUCAUUUCCUGUAACAUCUGUCACCUGAGAUUCAACUCAGCGAACCAGGCCGAAGCACAUUACAAAGGCCACAAACAUGCCAGGAAACUCAAGGCUGUUGAAGCUGCCAAGAGCAAGCAGAGGCCGCAAACCCUGACCCAGGAGGAAACGCUGGCGUCCCCCACCCCGACUCCAGCCGGUGGAGCCCCCGAAGAGCUGCGCAGCAAAGCUCCUGAGGCCCCUCCUCCUGAUCCCGAAAUCCAGUCACCCCGGAGUCCAGAACCCACGCCCAGGGAGCCGGUCCCCUCAGACCUCUUGGAUGCUGUCUCCUCUUCCUCCUCUUCGUCUUGCCCACCCUGCUCCCCAGAGCCUGGGCCAGAGGCCCCAGAGCCUGAACCGGCGGCAGCUGCUAUGGGGAGCAGUGUGAGUGGGGAAGGCAGGGGCGAGAAGGGGCGCCUCUACUGCGCCACAUGUAAGGUGACCGUGAAUUCCGCCUCCCAGCUUCAGGCUCACAACACAGGAGCCAAGCACCGGUGGAUGGUGGAAGGUCAGAGGGGCACUCCCCGCAAGGGCCGGGGCCGCACGGUGCCCCGGGGAGGAGCUGGACACAAGGCCAAGAGAGUCACAGGGGGCCAGGGGGGCCGGCAGGGGCCCAGCCCCCCGUUCCACUGUGCUCUCUGUCAGCUCCAGGUCAACUCAGAGACCCAGCUCAAGCAGCACCUGAGCAGCAGGAGACACAAAGACCGUCUGGCCGGGAAGCCCCCCAAGCCCUCCAGCCAGCACAGCAAGCUGCAGAAGCACGCGGCACUGGCUGUGAAUCUCCUCAAGUCUAAACUGGCCUUGCAGAAGCAACUCACCAAGACCCUGGCAGCCCGCUUCCUGCCCAGCCCGCUGCCCACCGCGGCGGCAGCCAUCUGUGCCCUGCCAGGGCCCCUGGCCCUCCGGCCUGCCCCCACAGCGGCCACCACCCUCUUCCCAGCUCCGAUCCUGGGUCCGGCUCUGUUUCGCACCCCAGCGGGAGCCGUUCGCCCUGCCACGGGACCCAUCGUCUUUGCCCCCUAUUAG